GUCUAUGGUUUGUUCCCUGCUGCCUACCGACAUGGAUACCCUGCCCAAGUAGAAGAGCAUUCAGAUCACUGUGUUCAGCCCCAGUCCACAUCAUCUCUGCUACGAGGGAAGCCACAGCAUUCCUUUCAGCCUGACAUCUUUAACAUCUUCCGGAACUUGGGACUGAAAAUCUUCUCAAACCUUGUAAUCAAGAAGCCAUCUCAGUGCUUUCGUCGGGCAGAUAGGAAGCCGACCAUGGGGGGACCUUCUACAGAAGACCAAAGAAUCACGAAAGAAAAACCCCAGUUUACAACCCAGGGAAGACUUCUCCGCUAUUUCCCUGAAACUUGGAUCUGGAAUCUGUACUCUGUUGGGUCCAACAGCAGCAGGACCGUUCCAGUCACAGCGCCGGCUGCUGCGGCAGAGUGGAAAGUCAAGAUGUUCUGCUUGGCUGGGAAGGGAUUUGGCCUUGCCCCGACCACGAGUCUCAGAACAGUCCAGCCCUUCUUUGUGGAUGUGAUGCUGCCAUAUUCUGUCAUCCGAGGAGAGACUUUUGUGCUGGAAGCUACCGUCUUCAGCUACCUGCAGCAGUGCCUACAGAUCCACGUGGCCCUGGCUAAAUCCUCAGACUUCCAGGUGGAGCCAUGCCGGACCUGCAGGGACAAGGAGUGUCUGUGUGCAGAGGAGUCCAAGACCUUCACGUGGAAUGUGACAGCAGUCCAGCUGGGGACUCUGAAUAUCACAGUGAGGACAGAAGUACUGGACACCACACCACGGUGCGGGGGCAGGAAGCCCUUGCCAGCUACCAUGAGGCGGAGGCAUACACUGGUCAAACACUUGCUGGUCCGGCCAGAAGGUGUGUUAGUGGAGAAGUCUUACAGCUCCCUUCUGUGCCCAAGAGGAGGAAACAUGGCUGAAGAACCUGUGUCUCUUCGCCUCCCUGACAAUGUAGUAAAGGGAUCUGCCAGGGCUUCCAUUUCCAUCUCAGGUGACCUCAUGGGGAUGGCACUGCAGAACCUGGACCAUCUGGUGCAGAUGCCCCAUGGCUGUGGGGAGCAGAACAUGGUGCUCUUUGCCCCCAUUGUCUAUGUGCUGCAGUACCUGGAGAAGACGAGGCAGCUGACCCCUGAGAUCAAGGAGAGGGCAACAGGAUUCCUGCGCAAUGGGUACCAGACACAGCUUCUUUAUAGGCACAGAGAUGGGUCCUACAGUGUCUUUGGGCAGCAGGAUGGGGAAGGGAACACGUGGCUGACAGCUUUUGUAGUCAAGAGUUUCGGCCAAGCCAGAAAAUACAUCUAUGUAGAUGACAAGAACAUCCAGGAUGCCCUACGCUGGCUAGAGCAAAACCAGCUUCCCAGAGGCUGUUUUACCACUAAAGGGAGUCUUUUUCACUCCUCCCUAAAGGGCGGCGUGGAUGAUGAAAUCUCCCUGGGAGCGUACGUUGCCGCAGCACUGCUGGAGCUGGGUCAGCCGCUGAAGGGCAAGCUGAUGCAGACUACCCUCCGCUGCCUGCAGCAGGCAGUUCACAACAUCACCAACAUCUACACGGAAGCCGUGCUGGCCUAUGCCUUUGCCCUGGCUGGAGACUAUGAGACAACCCAAGAGCUGCUGUACAAGCUGGAGGAACAGGCCAUCAAAUCAGGAGGACAAAUCCACUGGAGCCCCAAGCCAAGCUCUCCAGCUUCCACAGACUUCUGGCCUGGUACUCAGUCAGUGGACAUAGAGUUGACAGCCUAUGUGCUCCUGGCCUACCUCUCUAAGCCACGGGUGCAUGCGGGUGACAUGACAAUUGCCGCUGGUAUCGUGGCAUGGCUGACCCGGCAGCAAAACGCCUAUGGGGGCUUUGCCUCCACCCAGGACACAGUGGUUGCCUUGCAAGCCUUAGCAAAAUACGCAGCAAGGACGUUCAGCACAUCAGGCCAGGCACUUGUGAGGGUGAAGUCCCAGAAGGGUUUCGGGAAGGUUUUCCAAGUCAAUCACCAGAAGCGGCUGCUGGUGCAGCAGGCAGCACUGACAGAGGUCCCGGGGCAGUUCCUGGUGCAGGUCCACGGCAGCAGCUGCAUCUUCGCUCAGACAGUGCUGAGGUACCACGAGCCUCUGCCACGCGCUGCUGUAACCUUCACCCUGCGUGUCAACACAGAGCUGACCAACUGUAGCCAGGCCAACGCGCGUGUCCUCACCGUCCGCAUCCUUACCAGCUACAUCGGGAGCAGAGUCACAUCCAACAUGGUGAUCGUGGAGGUGUCCCUGCUGUCCGGAUUCAUCCUGGCUCCCCGAUCCAGGAUGUCGCUGGAGCGCAGAACCAUUGUUAAGAAAACAGAAGUGAAAGCUGAUGUGGUCUACAUUUAUCUGGAAAAGCUCAACGAUGAAUCUCAGACUUUCAUACUGCAACUGGAACGAGUAAUUCAGAUGAAGAACCUGAAACCAGCCAGCAUCAAAGUCUAUGAUUACUACCAGCCAGAGGAGCGAGCCUUGGCUGACUACAGUGCUGUCUGUAGUUGA